AUGAAGGUGGUUUCUGCUUAUAUGCUGGCUGUUCUGGGAGGGAACACCACUCCCUCUGUUGAUAAUUUGAAGAAGAUUCUCGGAUCGGUUGGAGCCGAUGCCGAUAGCGAUAUGAUCGAGUUGCUGGUGUCUCAAUUAAAAGGAAAAGAUAUCGACGAAGUGAUUGCCUCCGGGAGAGAGAAGUUGGCUUCUAUUUCCUCUGGUGGCGCAGUUGCUGGUGUCGCACCCGCAGCAGGUAGCACUGGUGCUGCAGAUGCUGCUUCAGCCGAGCAGAAGAAGGAAGAGAAGGUUGAAGACGAAGAGGAAGAAGAAGAUGCAGAUAUUGGUGGUCUCUUUGGCGACGAGUGA